CGGGAACGGGAGAGGGAGCUGGAGCUGCAGCCGGAGCCGGGCGCGGGGCUUUUCUCAGUAUGCAGUCCUUUUAGAUCUGGGCGUGAUAACUAAUCACAUCCUGCACAUUGGACACUUGGCUUUCAUCUCCAUAUAUUCCUGCUUUUCUGAAGGAUACAAUCUCACAUUGUCCUGGACUGGAGCAGUAAAGGAUAAAUCUGAUCACUGGCUGACUUGUCAUCUCUUUGUAGUGAUGGACAAAUGGUCGCCUAAAACAACCCUUUUGUUAUGCUGCUAAAACUACCUUUGAAUCCAAGAUCUGUUGUGAUUUUUGAAACACAAACCCAAAAAUGUCAGAACCCGACCCUUCAUCUGGAUUUAUAGAAAACAUGGAAAAUGGGACUUUUCUGGAGCUAUAUCCCACAUCCCUUUCAACUUCAGUGGAUUCAUCACCUGGCCGUUUAUCCAAUGUCUAUGUCUAUGUUUCAAUAUUCCUUAGUCUCUUAGCUUUUCUCCUUUUGCUAUUGAUCAUUGCACUUCAGAGGCUGAAAAACAUAAUUUCUUCCAGUUCCUCCUACCCAGAAUAUAAUAGUGAUGCUGGAAGCUCUUUCACUAAUUUAGAGGUUUGUAGUAUUUCUUCCCAGCGCUCUGCUCUCUCAAACCUUUCUUCAUGAAACUAAAUGGAAGGAAACAUACAGUGAACGGAAAAGCUUUGCCCAGUUUCUUGGAAAGGUAGUGCAUGCAACAUUUGCCUUAGAAGACAAUUAUGAGGAGGUGGCUUUCAAAGUUUCCGUAGGGUUUCUUUUCUU